CCGCUUGCUGCUGAGGUCAUCCGGACAGCCAUGUACGUUGACGAUGCUCUUUUUGGAGCACAGACCAUCGAUGAAGCUCUUGAGGUUUAAGGCUCAAGUAGCCAGCCAGUUUAUGGGAUCCCUGCCCUCCGAUCGCGUCACCGAGAGCCACCCGUUCGACAAGGUUGGAAUCGACUUCUGUGGUCCGUUUCAAGUAAAACAAUCGGGCAUGCGGAGGGCCGUUGUCACCAAAGGCUACACACUGGUAAUUGUUUGCUUCGCCACUAAGGCUGUCCACCUUGAGCUAGUUUCAGACAUGACAACUCAAACAUUCUUAGCAGCCUUAAAAAGAUUCAUUGGCAGACGCGGUAUUCCCGCCAUUAUUAAUUGCGAUAAUGCACAAACGUUUAAAGGAGCCGACAACGUGCUCCACGACUUGUAUAAAUUAGUCAAUUCCAAAAAGCAUCAAUCUCAAGUGAGUGUGGCUGCUGUAGAGAAAGGAAUAACCUUUCGCUACAUCCCCUCCUACUCCCCCAACCACGGAGGCCUCUGGGAGGCCGCCGUUAAGAGUUUUAAGUUCCAUUUCAAAAGAGUGGUGGGGGAGAAUAAAUUCACGUACGAAGAAUUGACCACUAUUUUAUCCGAAAUAGAGGGUAUCCUGAAUUCCAGGCCCCUCACGCCGCUUUCAAGCGACCCUGCAGACCUAACAGCCCUAACCCCAGGACACUUCCUGACUGGUCGUCCACUCAUAUGUAUCCCUGAGCCGGAUCUAACCGAUAUCCCUCUAAAUAGACUAAGAUUCUGGAGGCGCUGUACUCAGGUCAAGCAACAUUUUUGGAAAGCCUGGUACAGCCAAUAUUUAUCGCAGCUAAAUGUUAGAAACAAGUGGAGCAAACAGUUACCAGAUGUGGAAGAAGGCAGUUUAGUUUUACUAAAAGGAGACAACGUUCCCCCGCUGCAGUGGCCCAUGGCGCGGGUGACGCGGGUGUUUCGGGGAAGCGAUGGGAGGGUAAGGGUCGCGGAGCUCAAAACCGCUACUGGUCUAACCCGUAGGUCUAUUAAUAAAAUGUGUAUCCUUCCCAUAGAUUAUUAAGUAACAAGCCAUUUUAAAACUGUUAAAUAAUUUUUAACCAUAGGUUUUUAAGCAAAUGUUAACUUGUAGUUAUGACAUGCGAAUUUUAUUAAAUAUUUAUGGCAAUUUUGAGUCUGUAAACUGUGAUAACUAAGUAGUAAUAUGUAUAGGGUGUUACUUAAACUUAAGAAUAAAGAUUUAAUUAAGAUAUAACUUCAAUUGUAUCAUGCAAGUCAUUACUAAUGUAACUUCAUGACUAUUACUGUAACUGCAUAACUAUUAAUGUAACUGCAUAGCUAUUUUUGUAACCUUUUGCCCGGGAGAAUGUCCACAUCCGUAGAUGUAAACACGGCUUAAUUUCAUACUGAAUGUGUCUAAUGUGUCUAUGCCUUAUUUUUAUGAUUAAUGUUGGCAACACUAAAAAAUUAUAUGGGCUCUUCCUCAUCACACUCUCACCAACUCGUACUGGUUUUUGUAAAUAUUGUGUUUUUAUAAAUAAAAGUCAAGAUUAAAGUACAAAAUCU